CCGCGUUGAUGAAAUGGGGCGUGUAAGAAGCAAGCCGUUCAUGUGCGGGCGGGUUUCCGUUGCUGGAGUUUGAGGAGUGUAAUGCGACCUUUCCCCCACCCCAAGAGAGCCUGCAGGCGGGGGUGGGAGCAGAAAGGAGGUUUCACCAGCCCUGCUGAGAUGGAAGGAGAUCAAGGAGCCAACAGAAUGAAAACACAGACGGUCCAGUUGUUGCCAGAUGAACAACUAGUGGCACUACAUCAGCAGAUGGUAGGAAAAGAGGUAUCCUACCAACAGAAGUUACAGAGUUCGCAAGAAGCACAGCAUAGGCAAGCCAUCCUUGUACAGAAGCUACAGGCAAAGGUGAUACAAUAUCGGAAUUGGUGUCAAGAGCUAGAACAACAACUGGAAGCAAGCCAAGGAUCCUGUCCACGUCAGUGGGAUCGCAAAGAAGACCAUAGCCUGGAGAAAGCACUAAUCCAACUGGAAGAGGAGCAACAGAGAUGUGAGAAUUUGGCUGGGAUGAACAUUUUGCUCCGGGAGCAUCUGGACAAGGCCAAUGUGGUGAAUGAAGCUCUCCGAGAAGAUGUCAACAAACUGACAGCUGAUUGGAUAAGGGCCAAGGAAGAGUUGGAGCAAAAGGAGAGGGAGUGGCACAAAGAGCGGGAGCACUUUAACAGAUAUAUGCGGGCAGAACAUGAGCGUAUCCUUGGUAUAUGGCGCCAGGUGGUGACCUUGCGCCGUUUCUUUCUGGAGAUGAAGACAGCAACCGACAGAGAUUUGUCGGAGUUACAUGUUGAGCAAGUAAGGCUGUCUGGCACUAUACUUGUCAAUUGUUUCCGCCUAAACUCUGACCAACAGUCUUGGGCAGCGAGGCAGUUAGGAAGCCCUGACCUGAAGGGUCAAAUCCAACAGAAGCAAUUUGAUGUGAAGCCUGUGAAAACUGAUCUGAGUGAAGAUAUAUGUCAGAAAGCGCAAGUAAUCAGCAGUGGAGACUUGGUGAAAGAAGAACUUCAGAGCAGGGUGAUGGAGCUUACUGAAUUACUUGAACAGUCUCAAAAGCAGAAUGAGGAGAAGGAGAAGACAAUGAAGACUCUUGGAGACACUGUGGAGAUUCUGGAGGCUAAUCGUUUGGAGCUGGAAUAUGAAAAUUCGCUGAUCAAAGAUGCAAAUGAGGACAUCCUUUCCCUUCAACAUGCAAUAAAAGAAAUAAUUGAGGUAGUAAUCAAUGACAACAAUGCAACAGUUGGCAACCCAGAAGCCGAGAAUUAUCCUGAUCCCUGCAGUUUCUUGCAGAUAAAUGCUUGUGACCCACAGGGUGCUGUUACUUUAGUUCAUGAUGCACUGACUAAGAGGAGCAAUAAGAUGAAGCACCUGAAGCAUCAGCUCUUAGCCAGUAAAAAGUCUGUCAGCUCUCUGGAGAAACAACAAGAGCAGCAGGAAGAGCAGUGUAAAUUCCUAAGACAGAGGCUCCAGCAGCUAGAAGGAGAACAAGACUUGCUCAAUAGCCAACUGCAGCAUUUCCAGUCCACGGUGGAGACUCUCCAAAGUGGCCGGGCAACCUUGGAGAAGUCCAAGGAAGAACUGCAACAGCAACUGGAAAUCUUGGAAGAGCAGGCCCAGCAGUUACGCCAAAGCAACACUCAGCUGCAGCUGAAAGGUGACAUGGAGGACAGGGAAAAAGAGGACAAACUGCAGGAAAUGGAAAGGGUGCUGCGAGACAGAGAAUACACUCAGAAAUGUCUAAAUGGCCUUGAAGAAAAGCAUUCAUUAUUAAAGGCUGAGUUGGUGGCCAAGGAAGAAGCUCUGAAAAAGUCUCACCUUGAUGGAGAGCUUGGGAAGCAAGAAAAAUAUGAACUUGCUUUGGCACUGAAGCAGGCUGAGCAAUCAGUUGCAGACUUAACAAUAGCCCAAAAUAAACUGAUAGCAGAAGCGGCUGAUCUUCGCGAUGUGACAGCAAAGAUGAGUGCCCUUAAUGAAUCUCUAGCACUGGACAAAGUAGAUUUAAAUCAACUUCUGUUGAAGCUGGAGCAGGAAAAUCAGUCUCUGUUGAAGAAAGUGGAUAAUCUGGAGGGAUUUAGGAUGUCUUUGCAGAAGCAGUUCGAUCAGACUGAAAGAACGAACAAAGAACUACGUUCAGAGAAGAUGCAAUUGGAGCAUUUGUUAUGUCAAGCUAAAGAAAUGCAAGAAAAUCUGCAGGAAGAGUUGAGAGUUUUGAGAGCUGAACAGAAUGAGACACAUGAAAAGCUAUGUCAGGCUCAACACCAGCAGGGAACAUCUAGAACUGAUUUGGAACAAGCACACCAGAAGUCCAGUCAUCUUCAGGAGGUGCUGGCUAAGGUUUCUAGAGAAAAAGAAUUACUAAUGCGUGAGAAAGCAACAUUGGAAGUACGAGUGGAGGCUGUUGAGCGAGAGAGAGAGACUGUUACAGAGCAGGUGGCAGAGAUCAGAUUAGCGAAGGAACUUCUGGAAUCAAGCCUCUUUCAGGCUCAACAGCAAGUGUCCGAACUGGAAGUUAUCAGGAGUCAACUGGAAAUUCAACUUCAGACAAUCAUCCAGGCUAAGGAAGUGAUACAAGGAGAGGUGAAAUGCCUUUGUAUUGAACUGGAAGCUGAGAAGUCCAAAAUGGAGCAAGAAAAAAGGGAUAAAGCAGAGCAACUGUCGGAGGCAGAGCAGAAAUAUCAAGAAACCAUCAACCACUUUCAAACUGUGCAUAAGGAGGAAAUGAACACAGUCUUUCAAGAGUUGGAAAGUGAACGAGAACGGCACUGCAUGGAAUUACGGGUGGUGUUGGAGCGUGUGACCAAGGAAAAAGAAGAAAUUGAAAGUGUCUAUGAUAGGAAUCUAUUGGAGCUGCAGCAGGAAAUCAGUGCUAUACAAACACAAAUGGAAAGUGAUCUCAUUAAGGCUAAAAAAGAUAAGCAAGAGGUGCUGCUGGAAAAAGACAGUGAGAAGAAAUCUUUACUAGAGGAACUUACCCAAACCAAAGAAGAACUGACCUGUACUUUUCAGCAGCUGGAACAUCUCCAUCAGGAAAUGAAGGUGCAUGAAGAGCAGAAGCAGAGUGCCUUACGAACUUUGGAAACUGAGCUUAAAGAUGCCCAAGCUACCAUGGAAGCGUUGCGGGGAAAGCACAAGGAGGAGAUGAAGUCUCUCAAAGAUGAAAUGAACUUGCUCCUUCAACAGCGAGAUGCCUUGCAAAGUCAGGUACAAUAUUUGGAGUCUCACCUCUCGACAGCAAAAGAUUCUUGCCAGUUAAAUAGGAUGGAGGCCCAGCAGUAUUUAAAAGAGGUGCAGGAACUGUCCAAACAGAAGGCCCUGGAAGUUGCAGAACUACAGAAAAAGCUGGAAGCUGAGCGAGAACAGCGAGAAGAGGUGGAACAUCAGAACACUGAGCUGCAGAGACAAAAGGAAGAAAUGGAGCAUUGGAAUGCAGAAGUGAGAGCUACCCUGCAGAAACUGUGGGAGGAAGAACAGGAUCUGAACAGAGAGCUGCAGAACAAGCAGGAAGAGGUUGAGCAUCAGCAUGCCACAAUCCAAGUCCUAGAAGGAGAGCGGAGCCAGUGGGAGGAAGAAGAACGUAAAAAUUCAGAGCAGCACGCUGUACUCCAGAGGCAGUGGGAGGAGGCAGUAUGUCAAAAUAAAGAGCUGCAACAUCAAAAAAGGGAGGCGGAGCUUCAGAUUGCAGAGCUGCAGAGCCAGAAAGAGGAGCUGGAACGUCAGAAUGCAGAGCUCCAGUCUGUUCUGCAGAAGCAGAAAAAAGAGGCAGAACACGAGUGUUUGGUGCUUCAGAGUAACUGGGAGGCGGUGCAGCAACGUUACUCAGAGAUGCAGAGCUGGAAGGAGAAAAUUGAACAUCAGAACACUGAGCUGCAGGCCCUUCUUCACAGGCAGCAAGGGGAGUUGGACUGUAAGAAUAUGGAGCUGCAGAUGAAACAAAAGGAGAUGGGGAAUCAGAAUAUUGUGGUACAGAAGAUGAAGAUGGAGCAAAACCAAUGGGAAGAGAUGAAAUGCCAGAAUACAGAGCUGAAGGCAGAAUUGCAAGUGCUGGAACAGGAAAGAGCCAGCUUGGCUGUGUCCUUGAAGGAGAAAGAGAUCAAGCUUCAGAGGCUUCAAGACAGUGACUCUGCCCAUCAGAGUGAAGUCACCAAUCUAAACACUGCACUGCAACAAGCACAGCAGCUGCUGGCUGACCAGAAAAGAGAAGCACAGGAGCUAAGUAGCCAGAUGCAAUCACUCAGGCAGACAAUGUUGGAGAAGGAAGCAGUCCUGAUUGCACACAAGGAGAAGCUGGCCCAGGACCUCGAAGAAGCAUGUGCUGGCAAGCAGCGUUUGAGGGACUCUGUGAAGAUGUUGGAAGCUGAAGCAUCUCAGUUGCGCCUGAGCCUUUCUGGCACAGAGAGCAGGAUAGAGGCACUGGCUUCGGAAUGCCAGCGUGCUUGUUCAGCUCGUUGGGAGGCCCAGUCCCAGUUAACCAAGCUGCGUUCUGUUCUGCAGUACAUGCUGUGUAGCGAGUCUGAAGAAAAGUUGGAGCAUGGGGGGAGAGGUGAUCGAACCACUGGGAGCUUCACCUCCCCUUGUAGAGAACAGGAUUCUGUGAAGGGAAUGCCUUUACUUCAGCUGAAGGACCUCUCUACAGAGCUUACAGUGGAGAGAGUAGCAGAAGCAAUCCAGGAUCUGAGGCAGGAUGUUUGGCAUGCUCGCCGAGAACGGGAUGACAUAAGGAAGAAUUCUGAGAAACUGAAGCAAGAACUAACUGAAAAGGAAGCUGAGAGAGAUCGUAUCAAUGCCAAAGCACAAGAGCUGCAAAAAUGGUUGAACCAAAGCCUUGAAGAAAAAAAGAUGGCUGAUGGCAAAUGUGUUUCCUUGGAAUCUGUUGUGAAGGUAGAGGUCAUUGCUAUCAAAGAAGAGAAUGUGACUUUGCGGGCAAAGGUGACCUCUUUGGAGAAGUCUCUAGAGAGUGCUGAGAAGCAAAAGAAGGAUUCAUUGAAUGAACGAGAUAUGCUACAGAUGGCAAAGGAGAAGAUGGUAUGGGAGCUGGAUCUUCUUCAGGAAUCUGUCACAGCCUCUGAGAUUCGAGCAAAUGUCAUGGAAAAGACAAAUCAAUCCCUGGAGCAGGAGCUUCAGGCAGCUCUCUCAACCCUCAGAAUUAAACAGGAAGAAUGGGAGACUCAACAAGAAAGACUCAUGAUAUUACAGCAAGAGGCCAAAGUGGGAAAAGACUUGCAAGAAAAGCUAGAUCACCUAAUAGCUACUGUAGCAAAGAGAGAUGAAGACAUAAAAUCCUACUUGAAACAGAUCAGGGAUCUGGAGAGACACAGAGAAGUGCAAAAGGCCACUAUAGACCAGCUUAGUAAAGAUUUAGAGAAGAAAGAUCAAGAAAUUGAAUCUCAAAAAUCACAAUUUGAAGAACUAGGAAAGCAGAAUAAAAUACAGACUGCUGCUCUAGAAAGACUGAAUCUAGACCUAGAAAAGAGCCUUCAGACUUUGAAAUCUCAAAAGGACAAGGUCCAGAAACUAGAAGAGCUGACACAAAGCCAAAGAACUGUAAUAGAAAGCCUAACCCUUGACCUAGAGGAAAAAGUAAAAGAAACUCAAAUCAAGGAGGAAAAAAUCCUUAAAAUAGAACAGAAUGAGUCAUCACAAAUUGGAGCUUUGUUAAAAGAUUUAGAUGAAUUGAAGGCACAGUUGAGUGAAAAAGAUUGGGAGCUCGUAUCUCAGAAGCAGCUGCAUCAAGAACAGGAGGAACUGGCAGAAAAGCAACUAAAGGCUCUGAAGACAAGCCUUGAACACAUGAAGGCCAUUCUCAGGGACAAAGAAAGGGAGGUAGAAUCUCAGAAGGAACAAGUAACUAGUUUCCAGCAGUGUGUGAUUCAGAGGGAGGCACAACUCCAUGAGCUACAUGAGAGAGUGAAAAACGUAACAUUUACCCUGACUCAGAGGGAUCAAGAGCUUGAAUUGCAAAAACAGAAAAUAAGAGAGAUGGAAGAAGAAAUGGAAGUGGAACUAAAGGCUCUUCAUGAACUUCUUGAAAAGACACAAGCAACCUUAAAGAAAAAGGACGAAGAGUUGAAGUUCCAAAGGCAGCAUCUAGAAAUAGUGGAAAGACAGGUAAAAGAUUUGCUUGGAGAUGUCCAAUGCAGAACAGUUACAUUUAAUGAGAGAGAUGAUAGUGCUGAGAAAGAGGGAAAAAAGCACAUCAAGAAACAAGAAGAUGAACUUCAGUUGCAGGAGACAAUUCUUGAAAUGUUGGAAAAAAUCAAAGUUGUAUUAACGAGAAGAGAACAAGCAAUUGAAUCCCUGACACAGCAGCAUGAGGAUCGCAACAAAGAGACAGACAGACAGCUGAGAGAAAUGCAAGAAGGUAUUCAAGAUGCAAAACAAUCUUUGAAAAAGAGAGAGAGAGAACUAGAUUCCUUAAAGGAGGAAAACCGCCAGUUUCACCAGCGAGAGGAAGUGGCAAUAACACAGACAAAGUCUAUCUUGGAGAAACUGGAGUCCUCCAAAUCUUCUCUUCAAGACAGAGACCAAGAGAUAGAAUCCUUACAAGGACAUGUUCAACAGCUCUCAAGACUGAUAGAGCUGAAAGAGAAUCACAUAGUAAGUCUACAGCAGGAUCUGGAUAGAAUUAAUCAAACGGCAAAGGAGAAAGAUGAAGAAAUUCUCAAGCAGGCCAAGCAGAUUAACACAUACCUUCUUGAAGUGGAAACCACACAGACGGAACUACAGGCAUGUAAGAAUCAAAUAAGUCAUCUUGAGGAAGCAAUGAGAAAGAAGGAAUGUGAGCAAAAUAUCCAAAACUGCCAGCACAAAUACAAACAGGCAGAUGUGCAUCAUCCUCAUGUUUUGGUGGCUGAAAAGGGAGAUGAGAAACAUCCCAGAGAAAAAGAUGAAAUUUUAAAAGAAGGCCAUAAACAAAGUGUUGGAGUGAAUGGUCAGUGUGAGAAGGAACAAAAUCAGAUAAAUGCUGAGAGUAAGGUACUUCAGGAAAACGCACGGUAUCAAGACAUGUUGGAGAAGAAAGACGAUGAGAUUAAGCAGGAGAAGGAGAAGGUUAAGAAACUAGAAGAGAAAAUUAGAGGCAAAGAGGAGGAAUUGCUAAUCUGCAGUGAACGUCUGAAGCAAAUAAUCUCAGCCCUGAGACUGCAAGAUAGGGAACAGGAGAAUGUAGAGAGCCAUAUCCAAAAGCUCCUCAUGUUGAAGGAAGAAGAGGCAGCCUGGAGGAAGGCAUUACAGGAAAAGGACAAGAAGUUGAAGUGGCAAAAGGAAAAAACCCAGCACUUGGAAGAGGAGAAAAGGGUGAAGGAGGAGGAACUGAGUCGUUUGAUGGCUGUUCUUAACCAGACUGAGAGUGCAGAGAUAGAGUGGAAAGAGAAAGCACAGAAGCUGGGUCUGUCCCUGUCCCAAAAUGAAGAGGUGCUGAAAGCCCUGAGGAAGGAACUGAGCAUCAUGCAAACCAUGGUUUCAGAAAGGGAUAAGGACAGGUUUCAUCUUCAGGAGCAGUUGGAUAGAGCUUUGAGAGCAUUGAAGGAAGAGAGACAUAUUACUAAAGCUUUGCCCGAAGAUGUGAAUUUGCUGCAUAAAGAAAAUGGCAUGUCAAUAAUAUGGCCUAAAGAGGCUGAUGAGGCUUUUGAGAAAGAGGGAGAGCUGACAUGGGCAAUUGAAAAGAGACUGCUGUACAGGCGCCUGAAACUUUUGCAGGAAGUAGUUGCCAGGCUGGAGAACGACAAACAAAGUUUGGAGCAGCACAAUAUACAGCUCAAAGGUACACUUGAGCAGGUAGAACGUGAACGGAGGAGAUUGAAAAAGACUUGUGGUAACCUUUCUCUAAGUUCUAGUCUCUCUCAGGCUGACUCAGGACCUCCAAUGAUUCCAGUUGUUGCAAAGGAAGAAACUCUCUAUAAGCAACUAUCAGAGUAUAAAAAACAGGUGUCUGUUCUACAAACACAACUAUCAUUAGAGCGAAAGCAGAAAAAGGAUUAUAUUGACAGCUGUGCCAAAACAAGCCAGGAGCUUUCCAGUUUACAUCAGGAACUUUUGCAGUCUUUAAAUGUUGUGGCCAGGGAGCCUGAAGCCAGAGUACUAGCAUCUGAGACUCACAAACUUGAUGAAACCCUUAACAACAGCUUGGCACUGACAAAUAUAAGCUGGGGAGGCAUCGUGUCAGAAAAAUACCCAGUAAGCUCAACACCCAAAGUAGUCCAACAGAAAGAGUCAAGAUAGCAUGGAGGUGCCGAAGAGGCAGAACCAUUCCAGAUUCAUGGCCACAUCCAAAAAAAUGUAGCCAACCAAAUGAUCCUGAAAAGUUUUUGGAUCAGUAUAAAUUUCAGCCCACGCUGGAUUGCAAGUAAAAGUGCAUCUGCCAAGGCCUUCCUUUUUCUCACCCUUCAUACAACCUAGCCUACAAAUUUAGUUUGCCUGCAUCAUUUUUGGCUUCGCUUCUUAUGUGAAUCCUUGAAAAUAUCGUUCUAAAGUGUUCUGAAAUCAUGUGUAUGCAGAUAAGUUGUGAAAUAACAGGAGCAGCUGUUGGCUACAUAUUAAAUGAAGAUCUGUGUUUUGGAGAACAAAAUUCUAAGCCAAAGCAUAGAAGUAUUUGAAAAAAAAUCCAUCUUGCUUUAUAAUGAUUUAAUUACCAGUAAAAUGAGCAGAGGUUUGUUAAAGAAACUGAGCUGUGAGUAAAGCUGAACUGAAAAGAUUUCCCUCAGUUCUCUGCUUAGAAGUUCAGAACAUAAGAAGAUAGGUCUUUAGGGGAUGAAAGAGGUCCCAACCCAAGAGUAUUAGCUUCAGUUUCAUUCUUUAAUCUUACUAGGAAAUUAGAUUUGUUUCACAACUGAUGCCUUUCCAUGUUCUAAACUGCUCUAUACUUGCACAUUGUAAAAUGUCUAAAGAGUUAUUUUAUAAUAUUUUUGUACUAUUUUUCUUAAUAUUUAUAAUAAAUAUUUUUAUUCUCUUA